GUGGACUAGGAGAGAGCAGGCAGAUUUCUACCGCACUGUCUCCUCCUUUGGGGUUAUCUAUGACCAGGAGAAAAAGAUCUUUGACUGGGCCCAGUUCCGAGCCAUCUCUCGACUGGAGAAGAAGACAGAUGAGAGCCUGGAGAAGUACUUCCACAGCUUUGUGGCCAUGUGCAAGAAUGUCUGUGGUCUCCCACUGUGGAAGGAGGACGGUCCCCCAGACCCUGACAUCUACGUGGAGCCCAUCACAGAGGAACGUGCUGCCAGAACCCUCUACCGCAUCGAGCUGCUGCGAAAGGUGCGCGAGCAGGUGCUCAAGUGUCCGCAGCUCCACGAGCGGCUCAAGCUGUGCCGGCCGAGCCUCUACCUGCCGGUGUGGUGGGAGUGUGGCAAACACGAUCGGGACCUGCUGAUCGGCACUGCCAAGCAUGGCCUGAACCGCACUGACUACUACAUCAUGAAUGACCCCCAGCUGUCUUUUUUAGAUGCAUACAGGAACUAUGCCCAACAUAAAAGAAUGGGGCUCCCAGGCCCAGAAACACUGUGCUGCCUUUACCAGACUAACUCCAAACUCUACAGUUCUCCCCUGUACAGCCAGGUGGACCAGGCUUGCGAACCUCUGGAGAGUGAAGUGAAGAGUCAGAUCAAGCUGGAAACUGUAGACAAUGCCGUGUCCCAGGCUGGGGGCAGUCUGCCAGAUGCGAACUGUGAAACGUUCAUGUCUAAAGUCCAGGACAUAAUUUCCAGUAACUACGAUGAGAGCUCUCUGCCAGACUCGCUGGUGUGCAUGAUGUACGAUGAGAAGGCCUGUAACAGCGAGCAGAGCUCCCUUGCCCGGGACAGCCCAAGCUGCACGGAUGUUGGAAGCAGCAUUGCCAAACUCUCUGAGGGCAAGCUGGAGGGGUAUGAGGAUCCGUCCAGCUGUGAUGCAGAUGCCAUGAGAGAGACUCCCUUCCUAGAGGGUUUGCAGGUGGGCUGUGACCGGAUGGACAGUCAGAAUGAGGAGACUGAGCCUUCACCUUCUACCCCCGAAAGCGACCCUUCACGGAGGGUCCCGGCAGAGCUCUGUGAAGCCUUGCAGCAGAAGGGAGACCUCACCAGCCCUGCGCCAGUGCUGCCCGAGCACAGGGCCGUGGAAAGGGUCAUAAGCAUGGGGCUCUACCGUCCCGGUCUUCAUAACUACGAAAUAAAGGUUCCUUCUGAGCAGAGAUUCAUCAGUCUGCUACAGGAGAAAGGAAUGGAGGCAAAGUCAGGGCCAAGUCAGAGCCACAGCGAGGAAGAUGAGGAGGAAGAAGAGGACGAUGAUAACUCUGAGGCAGCAGCAUCUGUGGAAGGCUUGAGCGGCCCCAGGACCAGGGCUGGUUGUGACCCCGAGGCUAAUGAACUAGGGGGUGAGGAGCAGAGCUCUGGCCUCCCCACUCCUGAGGACACGUGCCCAGAAGACGUGAAUGGCGAGAGAGAGUCCCUGGGGCUGGGAAUGCCCGAGGGCCUGGGAGAGCCCGGGCCAGAGGGCAGGGAGGACCGCGGCCUGGACGAAGAGAGCACCCUGCAGCACUCCCCUGGCCAGGCUCAGGACCAGGCGUUCAGUCUGCUGGCACCUGAGACCCACUGUGCCGGCAAGGCGGGCUGGGGCCGAGGGGCCGAGGGACAGGCAGGCUGCAGAGGGGCCCUGCACCCUGAGUCCCAGGGAGUGAAGCAAGAAGAGUGUGAGAACAGAGACGAGGGAGAGAAAGGCAGCAGUGGCCAGAGUCAAGAUGGUCCAGAAAAGGACUUGGAGGAAGAGAGCAAGAGUUCUGCUUCUGUCCUGCCUGGGGAGAUUGAUGACCUUCAGGAUGCCAGGGCACCAACCAUAGCGCAACUGCUGCAGGAGAAGACACUUUACUCCUUCUCGGAGUGGCCUAAGGACCGCGUGAUCAUCAGCCGCAUUGACAACAUCUGCCACGCCAUCCUGAAAGGCAAGUGGCCUUCCUCCAACCAUCAGUUUGAGACGCAGAGCCUGCUGACGGCUCCAGCGGUUGCCAGCAGUGCCGGCAGCAGGAACAGCUUUGCUGACUCAGAAGCCCCUGAUCCCAGCUUCAGUAACGGGGUGUUGAUCUCACAGGUACAAAAGGAAGGAUUCCUGACCCCUGCCUUUGCGAAGGACGAGCGGAAGCACAGGAGGCCCUAUGAAUUCGAGAUGGAGAGAGAUGCCAAGCAGAGGAGCUUGGAGCAGCUGGCAGCAACCCCUGUUCAUGCACCCAUUGCACUGAACGGCUGGCGAGAUGCGGCUGUGGACUUGUCCAGGGCCUCUGAUGGGUCCCCAGGGAGCUCCUCUCCUUUCCCACUGAACACAAAUGUGCCCAAGCUGGGGUCUGCGAACACCCUCCAGGGCUCCCUGGGCAUGGACUUGUCUGGCAUCCUCCAGGCAGGGUUAAUCCAUCCUGUCACGGGCCAAAUUGUCAAUGGCAGCCUCCGAAGAGAUGAUGCCGCCAUGAGGAGGAGACGGGGCAGGAGAAAAAAUGUAGAAGGGAUGGACCUCAUCUUCUUGAAGGAGAGGCCUCUUCCAACCAGGCUGCAGCAGGACGUUCAGGAGGACCAGACGCAGCCCCCCCAAAACAGUCCCCUCCCCGAUGGGCCGGUUGCUGCUACCUCAACUCCACAGCCAGUCCCAACUGUAGGCAGCCAGGCUGAGAAGGCUGUCCCAAACAAGAGUCUCCUCGACUGGCUCCGUCAGCAGUCCGACUACACACUCGACGUUCCCGGCUUUGGCACAAAUUUUUCAGACAAGCCCAAGCAGAGGAGGCAACGCUGCAAGGACCCCAGCAAAUUGGACAUUAACUCACUUACGGGAGAGGAGCGGGUGCCUGUGGUACAUAAGGGUACCGGACGGCGGUUAGGGGGAGCCACGGCACCAGCAUUGAAGGAAUUGCCAAGGUGGCUUGAUGCAAACUUGGAGUAUGCUGUUGCAGCUGACUGGGCUGACAUUGUUAAGCUUUCAGGCUACUUGCCGGAAAGCAAAUUCAAUCGCAUCCUCACUGAGCCUGUGCUCCGAGACGCGGGGCCGCGCCGGAGGGGGAGGAGGCCCCGAAGCGAACUCAUUAAAGGCCCCGGUGUCGUAGCAGAUUCUUCUUCUGGAAUGGGACCAUUGUUCAUGAAUGGACUGAUUGCUGGGAUGGAUCUGGUAGGACUGCAGAACAUGAGAAACAUGCAAGGGAUCCCUCUGACCGGGCUGGUUGGGUUUCCUGCUGGAUUUGCAGCUGUGCCCGCCGGCGAGGAUGUGAAAAGCACCCUGAGUAUGUUGCCCAUGAUGCUGCCGGGCAUGGCCACUGUACCACAGAUGUUUGGCGUUGGAGGACUUCUCAACCCCCCCAUGACAACCACUUGUACCGCGACUGCUCCGACUUCGUUAACAAGCACAACGAAAAGUGGUACGGCCAACGCUGAGAAAGCUCUCGAGGAUAAACAGAGUAGCCAGGACGUGAAAAAAGAAACUCUCUCGGAAGAUAAGCCUGGUCCCAGUUCGUUUUCUAAUCAGACAGAGUCCGCAAUAACUACCAGUAGUCCUGUAGCUUUUAACCCAUUUCUUAUCCCAGGAAUGUCUCCUGGACUGAUCUAUCCCUCAAUGUUCCUUUCCCCCGGCAUCAGCAUGGCGCUGCCCGGCAUUCAGCAAACCAGGCACGCGGAGGCGGCCAACCUGGAAAGCCAGAAGCGGAAGAGAAAGAAACCGAAAGGGGAAUCGGCAAACCCAGAGCCAGAAACUGUCUCGCUGCUGGAAAAAGAAGCUGCAAACGGUCAAAACUGUACAGAGCAAACGCCGCCGUUGUCGGCAGAGAAAGAGGAUGGACCAGUGGAGGAGGAGCGCGAAGCAGCUCGCGAUACCAAUUAGAACUUUUGUUUCAUUGAGAAAAACAAAAAAACCACAAAAAGAUUGUGGCUUGUGAGUUUCUUAUCCCAUAAACUCUUUGUUACUUACCCUCCCGCCCCGCUCCGCCUUCAUAAACCUGUGUUUCCAUGAGUAAUAUUACCUACCUACUUCCCUGUCAGGAAAAACUCUGGUGACAUGCUACAUGUUAAUAGUUGCAGGGUCUUGCCACUUUAUUAGAUAAACAGUGUUGUCUAGCUAGUAUGGGAGGCACUGAAUUCUCAUUCUGUUUUUCCAGUCCUUCAUCCCAGCCGACAAUAGCAAAUCCAGUACUCGGUCACCCCCCCAAAUUGCUCACUCCUUUGAGAAGAAAAAGCAGCAAAAAAAA